AUGUUUCAAAGAAGAACUGCCGUCCCUGAGGAACCCUGGUAUCACAGUCUUUCUCCCUCCUGCGUCCACCCUGUGGUCCACCCUGUGGUCCACCCUGUGGUCCACCCUGUGGUCCACCCUGUGGUCCACUCUGUGGUCCACUCUGUGGUCCACUCUGUGGUCCACUCUGUGGUCCACUCUCACACAGAGGAGCUUUGGCCCCGGGCCCCGACAGCAGCAGCACUGACUCCUCCCAGAGCAUCACACGAGAGUUCAUAA